AUGUCAUUGGUCUGGUUGCGCAUUGGUCGCAGACCUUGUCAUGCACUGGUCGUCGAGUUGGUGUCGCAUGCCGCCACCAGGGUGGUGCGUCUUGUUGUCGCAGGGGCGUCGCUGCCUUUAGUGGCCUUGAGACGUAUCAAUGAAAGCAACGAGCAGUGCAAGCUGGAUGCCCUCCACACCCUAUACAACAUACCUAGUGAGACGGCCAAUAUUCCUCACCUUCUUUCGGCUAGAAUCAUUGAUGCCCUUGGGGCUGUGAUUACUGAGGAGAGAUGGAGAGAAAACUGCAUUGCGGUCCUAAUCUACUUUAGCUCGAGUAAAAGCGCACGGGACGAGAUCACGGGGGCCCCUCGCCUAAUUAGGGCUCUGACAAACGUGCUGGAUGUGGGGGAGCCCAUGAAGCAAGAGCAGGCGGCGGCCUAUCUUUUGACACUUGACAUGGUGCUCCAGGAAGGGGUGAUACCCUCUCUGGUGUCCAUCUCAGUUAAUGGGACUAUGAGAGGGAAGCAAAAGGCACAAAAGCUUUUGAUGUUAUUUAGGGAGCAGAGGCAGCAGGACCCACCUGGGACCUGCAACGACCUUGUGGUGGAGAAUCAGAGGCCGCUGUCAAAGUCGGUAUCCAGGCGUAAAGUGGGUAAAGCCUUCAGUUUCUGGCGCAAGAACAAGAGUUUUUCGGUGUACCACAUGUGCUGA